UUCUAAAUAAAAAAAAAAUAUUCGGCGACCAGACUGUUUCAAGCUUCGUAGAGAAGGAAGAAGACUUAGGGAGGAGGAAGAUGGAUAAUGGCGAAUCAUCAUCAUCCACCAACAAUUCGUCGCGUCCAUGGGAAUCCUACAACACCGUCUUCACCAACGCCAAAGCCGGAAUGGAGGGAGUUGAUAAGGAGAAAGUCCAGAGGAUUGUCUAUGAAAUGAGUAAAGGGUCUAAAUAUUUUCAGAAUGAGGAACGUAAAGAUGCUCAUAUGAAACAAAAGAUUGAUCACAUGCGUGAUCGAUGUGCAAAGCUCUCUUCUUCUGAUUUAUCUAAUUAUCAGAAGGUGGUUGAUAGAAGGGUCUUAGAGCUAGAAGCUACGCGUGACUUAUCCAGGAUUUGGCUGCAUGUUGAUAUGGAUGCUUUUUAUGCUGCUGUUGAAACUUUGAGUGAUCCUUCGCUCAAGGGAAAGCCUAUGGCUGUUGGAGGCUUGUCCAUGAUCUCUACCGCUAAUUAUGAGGCUAGGAAGUUUGGUGUCCGUGCAGCAAUGCCUGGCUUCAUUGCUCGUAAAUUGUGUCCAGAUUUGAUAUUUGUUCCUGUUGAUUUCACUAAGUAUACUCGCUACAGUGACUUAACAAGAAAGGUUUUUGGGAACUAUGAUCCUAACUUCAUUGCUGAAAGCUUGGAUGAAGCCUACCUUGACAUAACUGAUGUUUGUCGAGAAAGAGGUCUUUCAGGUGCAGAAAUUGCAGAGGAGCUUAGAUCUUUUGUUUAUUCCGAGACUGGACUGACAUGCAGUGCUGGAGUAGCGGCAAACCGCUUGCUAGCCAAGGUUUGCUCAGACAUUAACAAGCCUAAUGGACAGUUUGUUCUACAAAAUGACCGAUCAACUGUCAUGACAUUCAUAUCUUCCCUUCCUGUGAGAAAGAUCGGUGGAAUUGGUAAGGUUACUGAACAUAUUCUGAAGGAUGCUUUGGGAAUUAAAACAUGUGAGGAGAUGGUGCAGAAGGGAUCUCUUCUCUAUGCUCUGUUCUCUCAGUCUUCAGCAGACUUUUUUUUGUCGGUUGGACUGGGGCUUGGAGGAACAGACACCCCUCGGGUUAGGUCUCGUAAAAGUAUUAGCAGUGAGAGGACAUUUUCUGCGACAGGAGAUGAAAGAUUGCUAUACUCAAAGCUGGCUGAAAUUGCAGAAAUGCUAUCUCAGGACAUGAAAAAGGAGGGUCUAACAGCAAGGACAUUGACACUCAAACUAAAAACUGCCUCCUUUGAGAUCAGGAGCAGAGCUGUCAGCCUGCAGAGGUACACAUGUUCAAGCGAUGAUAUACUAAAGCAUGCUACAAAGCUGUUGAAGGCGGAACUUCCUGUUUCCGUAAGGUUGAUAGGCUUGCGCAUGUCUCAGUUCCUUGACGAAAUCCGCAAUUCUGAUCCUUCACAAGGAACUAUUACAAAGUUCAUCGUUCAAAAGGAUUCCUCAAGGCAAGAUCUGGAUGAUAUUGAGUCAUUUGACAUAGAUGCUAGUAACAACGAGGGCGGGAGUUUAUCCUUUGGUUCCCAUGAGACAAGCUAUGGCCAUCUGAAGGAUGUUGUCGAAUAUGAAGAACGGUCUCAUAUCGAUUCCGAAGAGGUAAUUACAAAUCAAGAAUGUAUGGAAAAAGAAGAAAGGAGGCAAGUAUUGGAAGGAGAUGCUCUUCUCAUAAAACACAAGGAAUGCAAACCAGAUACGAGCCACUCAAUGAAUGAUAAUCCUAAUGCACAAAACACCGAAGCAGUUUCAGUAUUUCCCCAAACGGAGCCGUUAUUUUGGGUUGAUGGCUACAAAUGCGUCUUGUGUGGGAUAGAGUUACCACCAUCUUUUGUUGAGGAACGACAAGAACACUCUGAUUUUCAUCUCGCUCAGAGACUUCAAAACGAAGAAUCUGGCUCUAGUUCUUCCACAACACCUUCAAAACGAAGGAUUCUCGGGAAGGAAAAGGCAAAUUCCAAGCCAAAGAAGCAGAAACCAGAUCAAAAGGACAGUAGCAAAUACAUCCCAAUACACACAUUCUUCACAAAGAGCAAUCAAAACUCGUGAGCCUUGUUCAUGUUCUCCAUAGUUGAGCUUUCCUUGAGCAACGAAACACAGAAGAAAUGAAGAUGGCUCUGAGCCCACCGAAACUUAAUCUCUCACCGUACAAAUCCCUAGGGGAUCCCAAAUCCAUACCGUCGAUGUCAGACAUCCUGACGUCAUCAAGAGCGCGAAAGCUAGACUUAAAGAUCCAGACUUUAGGACCGUUUUUCAGAGUGACGGGGAAGAACGCAGACACAGGCGGUGAGGUGGGAAGAGCAGAGGGAGUGGUGCGUCCAUGGUUCGGACGCGGCUUGGUUCUGCAUUUGGACACGAUAAGACUGACGAAAGAGACGAUGGCUAUGGAUAAGUCUGUUCUUGGAGUUGGUUUAUACGUCGGAGCUGUAGCUAUUCGCCAUGGCUACGACUGUGGUUGCAGCACUGCUCAGCUUCUCGCUAUCUACGACUCCGAUCUCUACCAUUCCAAGCUGGUUAGGUUUUACAGAAGAAUUGGGUUCGAAGAAGUGAAAGAAGUGAGCGGGUCAUCGAUGGGAGACAUGGCUGACAUGUUAGUGUGGGGUGGAGUUGGCACUCGCAUGGAUGCUAAUAUCCAUCGUCUCCUUGUUAAAUGGUCAAAUGUUUUCCUCAAAUCACAUUCUUAAAUUACUUGUACAUGUUUGUGUUGUGCCUACACCAUACGAAUAUCACCAUAUAAUUUCUGACCAAAAUUAUAUUUAUAUUCCCUAUCUUAUACUUUUUUUCUCUUUCUAUAAACUCCAAGAGAUCAUAUGUACAGUAUUGGGUAUUCUAAUGGGAAAGAGCAAUGCAAAAUUAA